AAGAUGGGGAGAUUAUAAACAGGAUAUGCUAGACCAGUUACAAAUAGAUAGGAUGCAUAAUAAGAGAAUGUAUUGAAGACUGCAAGAGUAGGUACAAGAUUGGGUACAGCAAGACCAAUGACAUAAGGAGGAAGAUAUAUAAGAUUAGGGACAGCAUCAUUAUAAUAGAUGGGAGAUUAAUUUAUUAUGGUUGAUAGAUUAGAUAUGAAAAAGAUGGCUGGAAAACCUGUAAUAUCAAGAAUUCUAUGUGAUUAUUUAAUUUAUGUAGAACAUAAUCCAAGAAAGGUUAAGAGUUUAAUAUAUUUUAGGCAUUAUAAUUAGCAGCAGAAGCAACUUAAGUAAAUAAUUUUAAUGAUUGGUGGUGGAAGGAAAGACUUGGAAAAGCCUAUUUUAUGUUAGGACUUUAUCGAGAAGCAGAAAAAUAAUUUGAAAGUUCCUUAAAAAUGUAGGAGAUGAUCAAAACAUAAUUAUAAUUAGCAAAGUAUUAAUGAUUUUUAUUUGAUUAGAGUUUAUUUAAGAAUAGAUUAACCAAUAACUGCAAUAGAAUUAUAUAAAAAAAAUAGUGAAAGAUUUCCUCAUGAAAUUUCUUAUUUAAUAGGAAUUGCUAGAGUCUAUGAUUAAUUAAAUCAACCUGAAAAAGCUUUACCAUUUUAUUAGAAUACUUUAAUUAAAGAUAAUUGUAAUAUUGAGGCUGUUGCUAGUUUAGGUGCUCAACAUUUCUAUCUAGAUUAACCAGAAACUGCUUUAUAAUUUUAUAAGAGAUUAGUAUUGUAUUAUUCCAUUAUUAUAGUUAUAAUUGGGACUUUACACAGCAGAAAUUUGGAAUAAUAUAGGAUUAUGUUGUUUUUAUAGUGGAUAAUAUGAUUUAUUUUAUUCAUGUUUUGAAAGAGCUUUAAGUGUGGCAGAUGAUUAGUAAAGAGCAGAAAUAUGGUAUAAUUUAUCACAUGUAUUUAAAUAUUUUUAUUAUUAGAUAUUUAUUAAUUUAGGUGAUAGUGGAACUGCUUAUCAAUGUUUGAAAAUUGCUCUAUGUUUUGAUUCUCAUCAUGGUGAAGCUUAUAAUAAUUUAGCUGUAUUUCAUAAUUAUAAAUAUGUAGGUGGUUCAAGCUAAAAGAAAAGAAUUUGAUAAAGCUAAACUCAAUUUUUAAAAAGCUAUGGAAAGUAAUGAAUUUAUUUAUGAACCUGGCUAUAAUUUAAGUGUACUUCACUUUAAUUAAUAAGAUUAUUCAUAAUGUUAUUAAUUGGUUCAAAAAACACUUAAGUUAUUUCCUGAUCAUUCUGAUUCAUUAGAAUUAAAUGAAAAAGUUUUAUAAGUUUUAUAGUAAAUAUGA